AUGAGCCAUAUCUUCCAAGAGGCAUAUAGCACUAAUCUAGUAGAUGGAAAUACGAAAUCUCUCCGUACUCUCCAAACUGUGAGGCAUGAUGCUAGAGCAAGAGCUCAAAUUAAGAGCAUUUUACAGCAGCCCCAAAUUGUGAAAGCCUUUCAGAUGAUUGAAAAAGAGGUCUCUGAUGAAAAGCUAUGCAUGAGGGCUGACAAGAAUUGUUGCACUGAUGUUGGAAUGCGUGAUUACCUGUUUCAAAUCAUUUUGAGUUUCAAUUCAAUUUGGCUCCGACCAGCAUUGGAGGUCCUAUUCAAUCAGAUCAUUCCAAGGACGAAUGCAGAAGACUCGAUCAAUCUUUACAGAUUUUUGGCGAGCAAUCUUACGAAGAAUGCACAGCUUGCUGAUAAGUUUGGAAUUCAACGUAGCAACUCGGAACUGAAUACUAACAAGGAGUACUAUAAGGAACUGCACAAGACUGUUUUAUUGCGAUUCUUGAAACUGGUUGUUGUCUUGGAUGAAUCUAAGGUUCAAAGCAUAAUCGACAAUGAUCCCUGUUUGUUUCGAAUUUCACAGUCGCUUCAUGUUCCCCACGGACUCAUCAACGCUAUGACUCUAAAGUCUACUCGUGACGCCAUUGCUAUGUUCUCAAAAGAGUUUUUGAGCGGUGAGGGCGACUAUUUCCGCCAUCUUUCUUCCUUAGGAGCUACCUUUAAGUACCAACAGUUGCCUGUGGAUGAGUACGACUAUUCGAUCAAGAAACUCACCAGUGAUCUUCAGAAUGGUGUUGUACUCUGCAGAAUGGUUGAAAUCAUUGCAAACAGAAAGAAAGAAAUCAUUCCAAGGUUGAGAGUUCCAACCGUGUCUAGGCUCAAUAAGAUCCACAACAUGAAUGUCCUGUUGGAGGUCGUGCAAAGCUAUGGAGUACCCUCGAAUAAGGAUAGUGCCAAACUCCUUGUUGAGGGCAACCGUGACCUUCUCUUGCAAUUGAUACAGGACAUCAUAUUCAAGAUUCAGUUGCCGUUGCUGGUUGAUACUGAAUUGAUUCAAAUUGAAAUAUGCAGGAUAAGGAAGUUGAGAUCCAAGAGUGUAAAGGCAGCCCGCCCCAUGGUCUUAGCAUCAACAGCCGUCGACCUGAUGCUGCAAUGGUGUCAAACUAUCUGCGAUAGCUAUGAAGUUACUGUCUCGGAUUUUCAAAAUUCAUUCCACAGCUUUGUGGUAUUUUGUCUUCUGGUAAAUUUCUACUUGCCAGAUAUCAUACCAAAUCAGGCAAUCAAGUUUGAUUCUGACACUGGUGCCAAAGACAACUACGAGCUAUUUUCCAAUGCAUUGGAAGAGAUUGGCGGAAUCCCGCAAAUUUUCAAAUCUUCAGACAACUCAAUUGUGGGCUUGGAUGAUUCGACUGCAAUCAUGUUGCUUGGAUUUGUCUGCAUGAAAUUGAUUGAUCUUGGAAAAGACUGCAGGUCUGCAAUGAGAAUCCAACGAACAUGGAGACAAAUUCUGUACAAGCGGAGAAUGGCUGCACAAGAACGCUCGGUUCUUGUUCUUCAGAGGUUUGUCCGCGGCGGGCUGCAACGGCUUCGAUUUCAACGGAUGAAAACUUCCGUAUAUCUGCUGAGGUCAUCUAUGGAAAGCAGUUUAAUCAGGAGGAGCUACGCAAGCUUUCUGAAUCGCGUGAUUCACUUGCAGUCCUGGGUCCGCAUGGUCUCAGCCACCAAGCAAAUUAGUACGAUGAGAAUUGUAUCAAAAUGCUUGAGCAAUGGAACCUUGCGAAUCAAUGAGAGGCGUCAGCAAGUCUUGGAAAUGAAACACAGGGAGCUUAUAAGGGCAGUUGUCAUUACCCAGAAACUUCAUCGGGGGAAGGUUGCCCGUACUGAGUUCAGAACUAAAAAGACCUCAACCAUGAUCCUGCAGAGAAUUUGGAGAGGUCAUUCUGUGCGAAGAAGUGUGCAGAAGAUGGCUGCUGCUGCUCUUCGAAUUCAGAAGAACUGGAGAUGUCUUCAGCAAAUGUUGUCGUACAGAAGAGCGCUGGAGAACAUUAUUAGUGUUCAAAGUCUUUGGAGAGGAGUUGUCCAGAAAGCAAACUUCUUACAUUUGAAGAGCUGCACCAUUCGUAUACAAAGCCAAUUUCGAACAUUCUGUGCAAAGAGGAUUCUAAAAGUGCUCCAGGCCAACCAAAGAUUGGUAGCUGCACUGAAAUGUAAGGAUGCACGCUUCAAGUUGAUGGAUUUGAAGAAAAAUGUAAUAUUUGCACAAAAAAUGACAAGAGGAUUCUUGAAUCGGAAUCAUUUUCUGAAUGUCAAACAAGCAGCCAUUGUGAUUCAAACGAAUUUUCGUUGCCAAACCAAAAACAAACAAUACAUGAAACUGCGAAAGAGCACGAUACAAAUUCAGUCGCAGUGGCGAACGAUCAAUCAAAAAACACAGUACCAAUUGCUAAGGCGAUCAACGAUCAAAAUACAGACUGCCUUCCGGAGACAUGCAACAUGUAUGGCCUACAAACAGGCUCGCGGGCGGCUGAUCAAGCUGCAGGCCCAGUACCGCAGCUACAGUCAGCAGCAGGCGUACCUGCUGGCCAGGAAGAGGCUCAUCCAGCUCCAGUCGGAGUGGCGACGCUACAGCGCGGUGCAGACGUACAAGGCGCAGAGGACGAGCGCGAUCAAGAUCCAGGCGUGCUACAGGGGGUACUCGCAGGCCGUCGCCUACCAGCAGGCUCGCGGGCGGCUGAUCAAGCUGCAGGCCCAGUACCGCAGCUACAGUCAGCAGCAGGCGUACCUGCUGGCCAGGAAGAGGCUCAUCCAGCUCCAGUCGGAGUGGCGACGCUACAGCGCGGUGCAGACGUACAAGGCGCAGAGGACGAGCGCGAUCAAGAUCCAGGCGUGCUACAGGGGGUACUCGCAGGCCGUCGCCUACCAGCAGGCUCGCGGGCGGCUGAUCAAGCUGCAGGCCCAGUACCGCAGCUACAGUCAGCAGCAGGCAUACCUGCUGGCCAGGAAGAGGCUCAUCCAGCUCCAGUCGGAGUGGCGACGCUACAGCGCGGUGCAGACGUACAAGGCGCAGAGGACGAGCGCGAUCAAGAUCCAGGCGUGCUACAGGGGGUACUCGCAGGCCGUCGCCUACCAGCAGGCUCGCGGGCGGCUGAUCAAGCUGCAGGCCCAGUACCGCAGCUACAGUCAGCAGCAGGCAUACCUGCUGGCCAGGAAGAGGCUCAUCCAGCUCCAGUCGGAGUGGCGACGCUACAGCGCGGUGCAGACGUACAAGGCGCAGAGGACGAGCGCGAUCAAGAUCCAGGCGUGCUACAGGGGGUACUCGCAGGCUGUCGCCUACCAGCAGGCUCGCGGGCGGCUGAUCAAGCUGCAGGCCCAGUACCGCAGCUACAGUCAGCAGCAGGCGUACCUGCUGGCCAGGAAGAGGCUCAUCCAGCUCCAGUCGGAGUGGCGACGCUACAGCGCGGUGCAGACGUACAAGGCGCAGAGGACGAGCGCGAUCAAGAUCCAGGCGUGCUACAGGGGAUAUCGUCAGAAAUUGGCGUAUGCAGAGCUUCGUCGUGUGUCAAUUCUUCUUCAAUCUUUCUGGAAAUGUGUGUUUUACCGCCAUCAGUUUCUUUCGUGUAAGGUUUCGGCAGUCAAGCUUCAAUCUGCGUAUAGAUGCUUCACUCAAUCCCGCCGUUUCAAGCAUUUUCGACUUGUUGCCACAUUUCUGCAGGCUCUGUAUCGUGGUUUUGUUGCUCGCAGGUUCGUUCAUCGAUCAAAGGCUGCUCGAAGGAUUCAGGCUAUGUUUCGUUCGUACAGGCAGCAGAAGCUGUAUCAGACUCUACGAUCCUCAGCUGUUACGGUACAAAAGAACUUUCGAGCUUGGCAGCAAGAACGGUCGUUCCAGGCCGCCAGAGCUCGACUCAUACAGCUUCAGGCUGUGUACCGCGGGCACAGGCAACAUUCUAUGUACAUCCAGCUCAGAGAUGCUGCCCUACAUGUGGAGACAUGGUGGAGGCAAGUCGCUGCUAAGAGGAUGUACAUCCAUGCCCGCACGUCGGUCGUGAAGAUCCAGGCCUGCUAUCGAGGAUGGCAAGCGCAGAGGCUCUUGCGUUGCAUGAAAUCUGCUCUUGUGAUUCAGAGGAUUUAUCGAGGAUACUCGACCAGGAAAGAACUUGCAUCCCUGCAUGUCAAAGCUGUUCAGCUGCAGGCAGUGUGGAGAGGAUUCUUGGUAAGAAAGCAGGUAGCUGAAUGGAAGGCUCGGAUUCAGAAGGGAAGUUUGACCAUCCAACGCAUUUGGAGAGGGCAUGUCGCACGCACCGUAGCAGGACAGCGCAGAAGCGCCAUCGGAACCAUCCAAGCUCAUUACAGGGGUUGGAUUGAGAGGAAGCGACUCUGGGACGCAUGCCGUCAGCUCGCGACUAAAGCGAGGGAGUAUCGUAUGAGAAUUGCUGAGGCUCAGAAGCAGGUGCAGGAGCACAUGAAGCUUGGAAACCGCACGGCUCACAGUCUUGAGCUGCUGCUUGAGAGCACUUCAAUCUCUUCCACAAGAAACGCCAUCACGUCGCUGGAAAUGGCUACACGAUUGUCUGACGUUUGUGCUCAAUGCACGGUGGAGUUGGGAGCGAUCGAGAAGCUGUAUGAGAUCAUGAGAUCCUGCAACAGAAGCAAGCCUGAGCUGAUGCUGGCGAAGCAGUGCCUGCAGACCCUCUCCAACUUCACCUUGUACAAGACGAGAUUCCGCGAUGAUCUUUGCAUCCUGCCUCUGACUGCAGAAGCGCUGGCGGAGUUCAUUCAGAACAUGAGGGAAGCUGAUGAAGAUGCGGUGCUGCUGGCCGUUGGACUCCUGAGAUUCAUCUGCACUGAUGAGAGCAAGGCGUCUGAAAUUGCUGCUCUCCCUUCUCGUGGCUCCCUGCCAACGCCCAUGCACAGGUUGAACAUGACGCUGAACAUGCUGCAGAAGAAGAUUCCAAAGCCUACCAACAAUCGCAAACCCCAGACUCCAAAGCUGGUGGUGGAGCUGCAAUCUCUAAUUCAGGUCAUCGGCCAGAAUAAGUGA